AUGCCUCGCGCGACCACUACCAGCUACGGCCAAGUCAUCGAGUACAUACAAGACCGACUAUAUCUUGCAUCGUAUACCCAUACGCCCGAUGCGAGCACGCCGUUCCCCUACCCCAAGCAGAGCCAGUCGCCUUCAAAGCGGUCGUCGAGGGCGCAAGUCGGUCCAACUGCAGCUGGGUCCAAGGCGCAUCCGCCAGUUUACUUCAGCAUCGACAAGACUCUCCUGUACAAUGCCUUCCACGGCGACUUCGGUCCACUACACAUUGGUCACUUGUACCGGUUCGCUGUUCAGCUGCACGAGGUGUUAGGCGAUCCCGCAAAUGAGGACAGAGCAGUCGUCUUUUGGAGCAGUGCGGACUCGAGGAGCCGCGCCAAUGCUGCAUGCAUUUUGGCAUGCUACAUGGUACUCAUCCAGUCAUGGCCGCCUCACCUUGCCUUGGCGCCCAUUGCGCAGAUGGACCCGCCAUGCAUGCCCUUUCGCGAUGCAGGCUACAGCCAGGCAGACUACGUCCUGAACAUUCAAGAUGUAAUCUACGGUGUGUGGAAAGCUAAAGAAGAGGGACUUUGCGGGCUUAAAGACUUCAGUCUGGAAGAAUACGAGAAGUUCGAACGCGUAGACAUGGGUGACUUCAACUGGGUCACUCCCAACUUCCUUGCUUUCGCCUCGCCACAGCAACAACCGACCCACGAGAUCCCAGCGAGUUCACCAAUGUACUCGACGCUUCCUUCGAACAUCUCUGAGAUUCAACGGUCAGGGCUUCCUGGACCCUUUAAGAACGUUCUUUCUCACUUUUGCGCACGAAACGUUGGUCUCGUUGUGCGACUGAACUCGGAGCUCUACUCCUCCUCUUAUUUCACCAAACUCGGAAUCCAGCACUUGAACAUGAUCUUCGAUGAUGGUACCUGCCCGCCUUUAUCACUCGUGCGAACUUUUAUCAAUCUUGCGCAUGAGAUGAUCACAGUGCGCAAGAAGGGCAUCGCUGUUCAUUGCAAAGCUGGACUUGGCCGAACUGGCUGUCUCAUUGGAGCUUAUCUAAUCUAUAAGCAUGCCUUCACCGCCAACGAGAUCAUCGCCUACAUGCGCUUUAUGCGUCCUGGAAUGGUAGUCGGACCCCAGCAGCACUGGCUUCAUCUUAACCAAGCCACCUUCCGCGAGUGGUGGCACGAGGACACAAUGAAGGCGAAGUAUGCCGAGGCGAUGCCUUCCACGCCAACAAAAUCCCCACAGAAGCAGCGCAUGGCAAGCAACGGUCAAACCUUCACGCCGCCAAAUGGCUCACAGAAGCGUGCCGCGCUCGGUGAGAUCGAAUCGAAUGAGAGAAGCAAUGCCGCGCACUCGAACAUUGGUGUGCAAGAGGACAACCUCCCCGUGCCAACGCCAGGCCAGCCGCGAAAGACUAGCAAGCUCUACGGCAACAGCACGCGACAACCUCCCCAGCGAAUCGAUGAGAACGAGCCUUUCACCAAGUCGCAUACCGAUGUCAGGGCCGAAAUCACUCGCUUCGAUGGCGAGUCAGACGAAGAAUACCACCUACGCCGGAUCGCGCGAAGAACUUCAUCCCGCUCGCCAGCACGUUCACCAGCUACGAAAGAGAAACAGCGCCGCGCGUUCAGCACAACGUCUGUUAUUCAGACCUCCGUAACCCAUACUUCGUUCGGGUUUGGUGAUGAGAGCGACCUCGAGAACACCGCACCGGCCGGAGCUCGGCCGAAGACCCCAAGGGAGAAGAGCGGUAGCGGGAACGGCAGCAUCAGCGUAGGCAAGAUCCGUUCCAGCCCUGCACGACGAAGCACAGAGGGCAAGACUGGUGUGCGAAAGACAAGUGGACGGGUCGGAAGUGUUGGCAACUCCAUAAGUCGCCCGAAGUCGUAG